AUGGCAGCCCAGACACAGGUGGCCCCUGAGCUUGUUGCUCCCGAGCUUGACCCGAAAUACGACAACUUCGAUUACCCCACGAAAGCUGCCAAAGCCCAAGAUGGUCACCCGGGGCACUGCACGGAGGCACAGAAGGCUCAGAUACAUCAACUUCGCAUGAUGCUAGAGUCUGAAGGCGUCACGCAACGCCUCGACACUUUGACUCUGCUGCGCUUCCUCAGAGCUCGCAAGUUUGACGUCAACGCCUCCAAGGCCAUGUUCGUCGAGUUUGACAAGUGGCGCAAGGAGGUUCAUCUGGACGCUCUUGUUCCUACUUGGGAGUACAAGGAGAGGGAGCAGAUGCUCAAGUUCUACCCCCAGUACUACCAUAAAACCGACGUUAUGCGCACCAUCACGACCGACGAGCGCAUGCUGGAUAACCUCGCCGUCGAAUACGAGAAGUGCGCCGACCCUCGUUUCCCAGCCUGCUCCGUCGUCCAGGGAACUCUCGUCGAGACCUGCUGCACCAUCAUGGACCUCAAAGGUGUUAGCAUUGGCAACGCUUCCCAGGUUUAUGGCUACGUCAAGCAGGCAUCUGUGAUCUCGCAGAACUACUACCCCGAGCGUCUGGGAAAGCUGUACAUCAUCAACGCACCUUGGACCUUCUCGGUUGUCUGGAGUGUCGUCAAGGGCUGGCUUGACCCUGUUACCGUCAACAAGAUCGACAUUCUCGGUGGUGGAUACGCCAAGGAGCUCCUCAAGCAAAUUCCUGCCGAGAACCUCCCAGUCGAGUUUGGUGGCAAGUGCAAGUGCGCCGAAGGCUGCCAGAACAGCAAUGCUGGUCCUUGGCAGGAACCUCAGUGGAAGAACAGGGCUUGGUGGGACACGCCAGAGGCUAAGCAGCAGGCUCUCGCGGCCCUCAAGGGCACCUCGAAGGAUCCCCAUGUCAUUGUCAACGAGGGCAGCGAGAUAGUCACUGCUCCCACCGGUGCCGCCGGCGCAGCCCCCGCCGGUACCGCCGACGCGGGCGCUCCUGCCGGUACCGCCGACGUGGGCGCUCCUGCCAAGGCCACGGCUUAA